UUCGAUGGUCUCUCGAAAUGAUAAGAUCUCGAAAGUGUUGUGAUUAUAUAUACUUUGAAUAUUAUAUAAAUAGUAACAAUAAAUCGUCAAAUUUACUUACUAGUUAAUUUUUAUUUACGAGGAUUGCAUACUUGAGUAAUAAAACUUAUGGCAUACAACCUUAAUAUACAAGAUGGUUGCCAGUGCAUUAUGAUACAUUUUACGCGCGGCAAAUAUUUCCAUGUUGGGACAAUCCGAAAUUUAAAACCACCUUUAAUAUUUCUAUAAUGCACCAUAAAAAUUACGAGGUUUUAUCGAAUAUGCCAGGGCAAAAAGAGGAAGCAGAUGAAAACGGCAUGUUGUGGACACAUUUCGAUAUCACUCCUUCAAUGCCGAUUUAUUUGGUUGCGGCACUUAUAAUUAAUAAAUUAAAAUUUCCCAGACUGUAUAUUGGAAUUGAUGAUGUCACAAUACAAUGUAGACCACACAGUUUAUUUUAUUUUGCGUAUGCAAUAAGUAUCAUGACAGAUAGUAUGCUGUUUUUAAAACGCGAAUGGAAAGAUGUAAAGAUGAUUUCGAAAGUGGAUAAUAUUGUAUUUCCGGAUUACGAGGAUAAUGGCAUGAUAAAUUUGGGACUUGUUUUUUAUAGAGAAUCAGAUAUUAUAUAUGAUGAAGAUAAAGAUCCACCUGGGCGCAAAGUCGAAGUGGCCCGCAAAAUAGCAUAUAAAGCAGCACAAGAAUGGUUUCAUAAUGUAUUUAAUACAUCUUGGUGUUCUACGUCUGUGGUUAUCCCGUGGUUGCACAAAGCUCUUGUUACAUUCAUGGGAUCAUAUAUUGUCGAUAAGACUCUUCCAGAGACUCGGAUGAUGGAUUUAUUCGUGGUCCAAAUUCAACAUGAAGCUUUGCACUUGGAUAUUGAUUUUCAAUCUUCUACGUCACAAGCUGCUUUCUCUGAAAUAAUUUCUUACUUCAAAGUACCCGCUAUAUUGCGUAUGCUGCAACAUGCUGUUACCGAAAAAUUAUUUUGGACCAGUAUGCGUUCAUGUAUAUAUGAUCAUGAGUAUAAUUUUGUUUAUCCUUACGAUUACUGGACAGCUUUGAAAUAUGAUUACUUUUCUGAACAAGAAUGGUAUGGACCAUUAGUACAAGAAAAACUUGUUACCAUAAAAAAGAUAGAGCAAAUGAAAACUUGGAUAAAUUAUAAGCAUUACCCUGUAAUAAAUGUAAUACGGGAAUAUGAUCAAUCACAUUUUACAUUCGAAGAUGUAACAAUACAACUUGUCAAUAUAACAGGAAGUUUGAGUAUACCUUUGACUUAUACUACGCAGACACAAUUUGAUUUUGACAAUACUUCGCCUGAUAUUUGGGUAUUUUACGAAGAUUCAUUUUUCGAGCGAUCGGGUAAGCGAUACAUUCAGAAAAUUAAAAAUCUCGCAAGCAAUCAAUGGAUAAUAUUCAAUUUACAACAAACUGGAUAUUAUCGUGUAAAUUAUGAUACCAAUAAUUGGGAAUUAAUUUCAAAUUAUUUGAGAACUGAGAAUUACAGAAAUAUACACGUUCUCAAUCGUGCCCAAAUCAUCGAUGAUGCUUUUCACUUAAUGUUAACGUACCAACUCAAGCCCGUUAUAUUCUGGAAUAUCAUGAUUUAUUUACAGAAAGAAACAGAUUAUGUGGCCUGGUAUCCUAUGUUCAAAGCUCUAGAGUACAUGUCGAGCAUCUUCAGUGAUAAUGUCGGUAUAAAACCUUAUUUUGUGAGGAUAAUAAUGCGGAACGCAUUACAUGAAAUGUUGAAGAAAAUUGGUUAUACAGAAAUUCCUAACGAAGAUGAGCAUAAAAAAUGUUUAAGGCAAGAGGCUGCAAAAUGGGCAUGUUUAUUACGUCACGAAGAGUGUUUAAAAGAAGCCAACAAUAAAUUAAUGCAACAUUUUGCGGAUCCUAAAAAGAAUACACUUUUGCCAUGGUGGAAAGAAUGGACAUAUUGUAAUGGUUUGUCUUUGUACGAGGCAGACUCCAUUUGGCAAGGCUUGUAUAAUAUAUGGGUGAACAAAACUGAUAAUAAUAUUUCUAAAUUCUUAAGUUGCACUCAAAAUGUUGAUAUCAUCAAAGACUGCUUAAACAAAACAGCAAAUGUGAUUAAGGAAUCGAGUCCGGAAAAUUAUAUUUUAAGAUCGCAAGCUAUUGACAAUUUUCUUACUAUUAUUACAAAACAUGUAAGAAUCGAUACUUUACGUAAAUACAUAUUUAGUAAUUUCGAAGAAAUAAUACCCAGACAAAUUAGCACAGUUGCAACAUUAACUGUUAUUAUUAAUCAUUUAUAUGAUGACAAACAGCUUAUCGAGUUAGAAGAUUUCGUGAAGAAUAAUCUGAGGAGAGAAAGACUACAUUUUGAAUUUAGCAUAGAAAUAUCGUCUCAAAUAAAUAAGAAACACGAAGCAAAUGCGAUUCUUUUAAAAAUUCAGGAUAAGAUAAAAAAACGUCGCUCUCAAAUCGAGGAUCUGCAUAAAUUCUUACAAAUAUUUAUGUUUGACGGAAAUUAAUAAAAAAUAAGAAAACCAGAGCACAAACGUGUGUCAUAUCAUGCUCGUGCACGUAUCUCUAUUAUAAACGUUUUCUACAUAGCUUUUAUUUAUUUUUAUUUAUAUUAUUGAUUAUUUAUAAUAUUAAUGUUAUUAUUAUAAUGAAGACAGUGUAUUAAUUAUGCAUUCGCAUUUACAAGAACACUACAACAUGUCACGCAUUUGAUUAUAAACAAGAAACAGUUAGAUCAUAUAGCUACUUACAAACAAAAACAUAUGCUUUUUAAAUUUUAUAGUCAAAUCUUUAUAAAAAAUAAACAUGUGUCAAAUAUCAUUAGUACACUCAAAGACGUACUAUUUACCUAUUUUAAAUUAGAUUUUUUAUUUGUGAAAAUACAUAGUUUUUAAUGUAUUAAUUAAGUUU